AUGGCCGCCGACGCCGCCAUGGACACGACCUGCCCAAGUCCGGAGUUGGGUGAUUCGCGCAAGCGACCCCUGGAUGAUGGCACAGACGAUGGUACCUCGAAGCGGUCACAUUUCAGCAACAACGGCGGUGACAAUUACCAUUUCAAGACGCUGGUUCCUUCGGUGGCCGCCGGAGCCAUCAUCGGCAAGGGUGGCGAAACGAUUGCUUCCCUACAGAAGGACGCCGGUGCCCGGGUGAAGAUGUCCAAAUCGCACGACUUCUAUCCCGGAACCACCGAGCGUAUCUGUCUCAUUAGCGGCACGGUCGAGGGCAUCUUGACCGUGCUCGAUUUUAUCACUGACAAGAUCCGCGAGAAACCCGACAUUACCAAAGCACUGACCGAGGCGGACGCGAAGCAGGCCCAGGAACGCGACAAGCAGGUCAAGAUCCUGGUGCCGAACACGACCGCGGGCAUGAUCAUCGGUAAGGCCGGUGCGUACAUCAAACAGAUCAAGGAGGAGUCCGGCUCCUACGUCCAGAUCUCGCAGAAGCCGAAAGAGCUGACGCUGCAGGAGCGCUGCAUCACGAUCAUCGGCGAGAAGGAGAACAACCGGGUUGCAUGCAAGAUGAUCCUGGCCAAGAUCGUCGAAGAUCCCUCAUCCGGCACCUGCUUGAACGUAUCAUACGCAGACAUCAACGGACCGGUGGCCAACUUCAACCCCACUGGUUCGCCAUUCGCCGCCUCACAGAGUCCCAAUUUCAGCUCCAGCACCGCCUCACUCAACUCCGCCAUCAGCGGGCCCCUGCCGAGUGCGACGGCUGCCGGUUUGCUGGUCAACGGCACCGGGCUCAAUCUGUCAUUAAACCUAGGUGCACCAUCACCACAGACUAAUCCUACAGUUACCACACAAUUGCUUGAUCAUAUUAAGGGUGCCAUGAGACAGUCCGGCUACUCGGACACGGCCACGGCUGAGGUACACGCAGCUCUAGGCGUACUGGCUAAAUACGGCGUGCUAGGCAUCGGAGUUGGCCUGCAGAAUGGCACACACUCGACCACGCUCGGUUACCUCGGCAUGCCCGAGAUUCAGCAGACAACAGCGGCAGCGGCCGCAGCAUCAGCCGCCACGGGCGUGUAUGGUGCCGUUGGCCAGCUAAACCUCGACCAGUACCUGCACGCGCCGGGCACAGCGACACCGCGCACUACCGCGAUGGACCGCUACGAUGCGACUGCGUACGAUCCGUUCCGGCAUCCGGCGGCCACCCAGGCGGCCACACCGAUCUCGAUCAACAACAACGCCUUCAGUCUGGGAAAUCCGAGCGCCCUAAGUGCGCAGACGCUGGGUUCGCUCAGCAAGAGCCCGACACCGGCCGAGGUGUCCGCGAGCAAGGAGAAGAACGUCGAGAUCCCGGAGGUGAUCGUGGGUGCCAUCCUCGGACCGGCUGGGCGCAGUUUGGUCGAGAUCCAGCACAUAUCCGGCGCGAACAUACAGAUCUCGAAGAAGGGCAUCUUCGCGCCGGGCACGCGCAACCGCAUCGUCACCAUCACCGGUCAACCGAACGCGAUCAACGUGGCGCAAUUCUUGAUAGAGGAACGCAUCACCCAGGAGGAAACGAAGCGGGCCUGCCAGACGGCCGCCAACGCGGCCGCGACGAACAAGACGUCCGCCGCCUCUGUGGCCACCGUGACGCAAUAG